GUGUAAUUUUUCGGAAGGCUUGUUCUUGAUUAACGUCUUACCCUGUUAAAGUAUUUUGGUAUAUAUCCCGGAAUAAUUUUGAUCUGAAAGCGUAUUCACGAUUCGUUAAACUAUCAAGUUUCGAUUCUCGUUUUUUAAUUCUUCAACGCUUCUUCGCAGCAUUCAUCUUCCUAAAUUUCUAACAUUAUAUGUCCACUGUAUAUAAACUUAUUUUCUGUGUGUUUGUGAUAUACUUGGUCUGCAUGCACUGUACAAAUCUUGGUACUCCUAGCACAACCCAAAAGAACCAAAAUAGCAAGGCGAUGGGAAGAGGGAUGAGGCAGUGGCGGCUCUUUGUGCGAUGUUCAUGGGCGAUGAGGUGACAACAAUCUGAAGAAAUGGAGGACAACUCUAAAAAUGAAGAGGAAUGCUAAGGGCACUCCAUUUGGGAAAAAUAGGGUGAAUUAAAUAAAAAAGAGCCAGACAAAAAUGGAUCCCCUUGAAGCAGCGGCGGCGGACCCUUCUGAGCCACAUCCGAACGACGGCGCAGUCUGCAACGAUGAUAUUCCGCAGCUGAGCUCUCACGCCAUCGAAGCUCUCAAGGAGUUCUUUGCCGAUCAGAACCGAGCGUUAGCAGAAGAACAGCCGGAGGGGGUUGUAGAGUUGGUGGCGGAGGACUGGAGGCUCAGCCAGUUUUGGUACGACCGCGAUACCGCAGAGACAGUAACCAAAGAAGUCCUCACUCUGUGCGAGACACUGGAGACCCCAUCUGUUGCUUGCAUUUCUUGCCCAACUGUAUUCGCGUACCUCAAGAAAAGUGAUCCUAAUGUCCAAGCACAGCUCCUUGAGUACGACCAAAGGUUUAGUUCAUAUGGAACUGAAUUCACAUUCUAUGACUACAACAAACCAGAAGGCCUUCCGUCCUCAUUGAAACAUUCUUAUUCACUCAUUAUUGCCGAUCCUCCUUAUCUGAGCCGGGACUGCUUGGAGAAAAUUAGUGAAACUAUAUCUUUUCUUUUGAGACCAGGGCAAUCGUAUCUACUUCUACUCACUGGUGAAGUGCAAAAGGACAGGGCUGCACAGCUCUUGAGUUUGCGUCCGUGCAGGUUCAGGCCCCAGCACAGCAGCAAACUUGGAAACGACUUCAGGUUGUUCACAAACUACGACCCUGGGGUGAGACUUGGUGGUUGGGAGGAUGAAUAAAAGGCAUCAUUACCUUGGCCACGGAUGGAGCUUUUGAGAAGACAUUGAUUCCAAAGCUUAAUUAGGAUCAUCAUGUUCUAGCUCUAUGUAUUAUUUAUGCAGCUUAACGAAUCAACUCACACUUUGUGGCCACUCGGUGUUUGGAAAUCACUUGCGAAUUACUACCCAUUUAAAUUGCCAUUUUUUCCCAGAUCAAGUGGCACCACCGAAAUAAAUAAUAAGAAGUUGGAGGAACCAACUUAAACACCUAAAUUGGGUUAUGCAACUCAUUUUGGGCGAUCGAGUCUGUUAUUAUAGACUUAUAGUCCAAGUUCUUUGAUAGGGGUUGAUCCAGUUUGGUUGAUCCAGUUUACUUAAGCAAGAUCCGCUUGGAUCUGACUCCAGCAAACUGAGCAAACAUUCCACUUGAGGAAGUUCUUGCCAAUACUGCGAAAGAGAGAGCAUUAGUGGAAAUCUCGAGAAAACAUAGCAGCGAAAUGAGACCAAACGUUGUCUCUGAGGCGGGGUUGCAAACAAGGUUGAGCAGUUGGUGGGAAGGCAUUCCAUUCUUGACGUCUACUGUUGUUAUUAGUUGUGGGGCUAUUUACAUGGUUUGCCUUUUGAUUGGGUAUGAUUCAUUUGCUGGAGUAUGCUUCUCGCCAUCAAAAGUAAUUUCACAUUUUGAAGGUAUGUAUCUACGGAUAUGCUCAAAUGAUCUAUAAUAAUGAGAGCUCCUUGUG